AUGGACUCCGGCGAGCAGGGUGAGACCUCCAAGGCCCCCCUGAACAAGGGGGUAAGUAGAGGAGUGUCCAUACUGGACCUCAUACUUCGCGUCAUUGCCGUCAUCAGCACCCUCGCGAGCGCCAUUGCCAUGGGGACUACCAAUGAGACGCUUCCUCUGUUCACGCCAUUCAUCCAGUUCAAGGCCCGAUACAGCGAUCUCCCGGCUCUCACGUUCUUCGUGGUGGCAAAUUCUAUUGUGAGCGCCUAUCUCAUCCUUUCGCUCCCACUGUCAAUUGCACACAUAAUUAGGAGCGGGGCUAAAUAUAGCAGGCUGGUCUUGAUCAUUUUCGACGCGGCAAUGCUAGCUCUGGUGACCGCAGCGUCAUCUGCAGCAACAGCUAUUGUCUACUUAGCACACAAGGGUAAUGUCAGGGCAAACUGGCUUGCUAUAUGCCAGCAGUUGGAUUCUUUCUGCGAGCGUACCUCUGGCUCCCUGGUUGGCUCGUUUGGAGCCAUGGUUCUGCUGAUACUGCUCAUCUUACUCUCAGCCAUGGCCCUAGCCAGGCGCUAGACCGAAUUAUCCAUCAUUUGCUCCCUGAAGUAUAAGUGUGAUAUCCCAGCAAAAAAAAAUAUGUGUGAGGGUGGUUCUUGUACUUGCUUCCUUCAUGUAAUAAUGUGUGGGCCUAUUCUCUUGCUACCAUCUUCUAUAUUGUGCACUGCCUUGACGGUGUUACUUCUUUUGUAUCGGCCUUUGUACUUAUACAGUUUUUACAGAAAUAUAAAUGUCA